AAUAAAUACAAAAAUAUCAGCCAUGUGCACAAGUUUAGAAGAAAAUCAAACUUCAUAUGUUAGCAUGUUACUAAGAACUCUUAGUAACUUCAAUCAUGGCGUUUCAAUUUCAAGGAAAGACGAGAGAUUUCUUCAACAACAGAUGGCUAGUUUUCGUCGCAUCUAUGUGGGUUCAAUCCUGUGCCGGAAUCGGCUACUUGUUCGGCAGCAUCUCCCCAGUAAUCAAGAGCUCAAUGGGUUACAAUCAAAGACAGAUCGCCGUUUUAGGUGUCGCCAAAGAUUUAGGCGAUAGCGUUGGUUUCAUCGCCGGCAGCCUCUGUGAAAUCCUUCCCAUUUGGGCCGUUCUCGCCGUCGGCAUCGUUCAGAAUUUUAUAGGCUAUGGUCUUGUUUGGUUGAUCAUCACCCAGCGAUUGCCCAAUUUACCUCUCUGGGUGUUGUGUAUUGCGAUGUUUAUAGGGACUAAUGGAGAGACAUAUUUCAAUACCGGAGCUUUAGUCGCCAGUAUACAGAAUUUCCCAAGAAGCCGUGGACCGGUGGUGGGAAUCUUAAAAGGAUUCGCCGGUUUAAGUGGUGCAAUUCUGUCUCAGAUCUAUGAUCUCUUCAGUUCUUCGAGUAAUGAACCUUCACUUAUCUUAAUGAUCGCAAUCCUACCUUCUGUUAUAGUCAUUUCGUUAAUGUUCAUCGUUAGACCUGUUGGGGGUCAUAGACAAGUAAGACCUUCUGAUGAUAGAAGUUUCUUAUCGGUUUAUUGUUUCUGUCUUGGUCUAGCUAUUUACUUGAUGGUGGUCUUGUUGCUUGAAGAUCUAGUUGAUCUUAGUCAAACCAUAAUCAUAUUGUUUUCUGUUCUUUUGAUUGUCUUCAUCAUCCUCCCUGUUUUGCUCCCUGUUUUUCUUGUUUUUAUACCAAAUCAAACGUUGUCAUUACACGAGGAUCUUCUUCUUGAACCUCAUAGUCAGAAUGAAGUCAUUAUGAGUGAAGUUGACGAGAUUAGGUCCGAUGAUGACUUGUCAUCGUCAUCAUUGUCGUUGUCUUUAGAGAGGCGAAAGAGGCUUAACCAGUUGCAGGCUAAGCUGUUUCAAGCUGCUGCAGAAGGAGCAGUUAGAGUAAAUAGGAAAAAAAGGCCACAUAGAGGAGAGAAUUUUACAUUGAUGCAAGCUUUAGUUAAGGCUGAUUUUUGGUUAAUGUUCUUGUCUCUUGUAUUGGCUUCUGGAUCUGGUUUGACUAUCAUUGAUAACCUUGGCCAAAUAUGUCUUUCGCUCGAGUACUCGCAUACGCAUGUUUUCGUCUCGAUGAUCAGCAUUUGUAACUUUCUUGGACGCGUCGGCGGCGGUUACUUCUCCGAGCUUAUUGUAAGAAAGUAUUCCUGCCCUAGGCCAUUGGCAUUGGCGGUUGCCCAGCUCAUAAUGGCAUUCGCCUUGUUAUUUUAUGCUCUCGGUCUGCCCGGAGAAAUAUACGUCUUAACAAUCUUGGUAGGGAUCGGUUACGGAGCCCAUUGGGCUAUUGUACCGGCUGCAGCAUCAGAAUUGUUCGGGUUAAAAAGUUUUGGGGCAUUGUAUAACUUCCUCACAUUGUCAAAUCCAAUAGGGUCAUUGAUAUUCUCUGGUGUCAUUGCAAGUGGAAUAUAUGAUCUAGAAGCCGAAAAGCAAUCUUCUUUGGCAACAAAUGAAGAAUCGUCGGUUACUUGUUAUGGUAUCGUUUGUUACUCUCUUACUUGUGGUAUUUUGUCGGGGCUAUGUGUUGUGGCGGUUAUACUUAGCUCAUUGGUUGUUUAUCGAACCAAGAGGGUGUAUGCGCAACUCUAUGGCAACUCACAUUGAAGGGAAAAUGUUUUAUAUAGAAGACUAUUUACUUGUAUUAUUUGGAUUUGUAAAUGAAGUAUAAAUAGAGAAUAAGAUAUUUGUAAAAUAAUUUUAUUAGCAUUAAGACACAAAUCACAAUUACAACAAUAAGCCUACUAAAAUUGUGAUUUCUUAAGUUAACUUAUUUCGAAAUAAGUAUUUAUCAAGGUUUUACACCUUUUUAUAACAAAAUAAAUGUUAAGAUUUUGAGAC